CGGUCAGCUGUGCUGCACUGUUUAGAAUUUCACAAAUAAAAAUAUGGUUUGCGCGUUGGGCAUUGAAGGAAGUGCCAAUAAAAUUGGUAUUGGCAUUAUAAACGAUGGCAAAGUCUUGGCAAAUGUUCGUCGCACCUAUAUAACACCGCCUGGCGAAGGUUUUCUGCCCAAGGAAACAGCAAAACAUCACCGCGAGGCAAUCUUGGCACUUGUGCAGGCGAGUCUAAAGGAGGCGCAGUUGCAGCCAGCGGACUUGGAUGUAAUUUGCUACACAAAGGGACCCGGCAUGGCGCCUCCUCUGCUCGUGGGAGCAAUUGUGGCGCGCACAUUGUCGCUGCUGUGGGAGAAGCCUCUGUUGGGUGUUAACCACUGUAUUGGCCACAUUGAAAUGGGCAGGCUUAUUACAGGCGCACAGAAUCCCAUUGUGCUGUAUGUGAGCGGCGGUAACACCCAAGUGAUUGCCUAUUCCAAUAAACGCUAUCGCAUAUUUGGUGAAACCAUAGACAUUGCUGUGGGAAACUGUUUGGAUCGAUUUGCUCGCAUAAUCAAGCUGUCCAACGAUCCCAGUCCGGGCUACAACAUUGAGCAGUUGGCCAAGCAGGGUAAACAGUAUAUUAAACUACCCUACGUUGUUAAGGGCAUGGAUGUCAGCUUCUCCGGCCUGCUGUCCCACAUUGAGGAGCUGGCGGAGCCGAACAAGCGGCGGAAUAAGCGCAAGAAGGCACAGAACGAGCCAGAGCCGGAGUAUAGUCAAGCGGAUCUCUGCUACUCGCUGCAGGAAACCAUCUUUGCCAUGCUGGUGGAGAUCACAGAGCGUGCCAUGGCACACUGUGAAUCCAAUGAGGUUCUCAUUGUCGGUGGCGUCGGCUGCAACGAGCGAUUGCAGGAAAUGAUGCGGAUCAUGUGUGAGGAGCGGGAGGGCAAACUAUUUGCCAUUGACGAACGCUAUUGUAUCGAUAAUGGACUGAUGAUAGCUCAUGCGGGAGCUGAGAUGUUCAGAGCCGGCACAAGGAUGCCGCUGGAAGAUGCAUUCGUGACCCAAAGAUAUCGCACGGAUGAAGUGCUAGUUAACUGGCGAGAUGACUAAACCAUGGAACUUACAGUAUGCUUGCUUGUUUAUUAAAGACUACCCUUGACAUUUGUUUAAA